AGGUGGUGACGGAGUCCUCGUGGCAGAGCACGACCACGGCCAUCAAGCCCAUGACGCACGACCGCCUGUACUACUUCCUGCCCUACUGGGACGACAAGCCGUGCAUGCACGUGCGCAGCGUGUGGCCCGACCUGCGGCGCCGCAUGUACAACUCGAACGUGGUGGCGCGCGUGGCGGACCGGCUCGAGGAGGGCCUGGCCGAGGUGCACGCGCUGUCCGAGCACGAGGACCAGUCGGCCGAGCGCCGCCUGCGCGCCGUGCUCGAGGACCUGAGCGCCGAGUGCGCGCGCUACGUGUCGCUGGCGCGCCAGGCCGCCUCGCAGCCCGGCGCCGGCAAGACCAAGCUGGACCGCGAGCGCGCGCGGCUAUGCGAGCGAGAGAUCGAGCACAUCGGCACCAUGGCGCGCAACCUCAAGGCGCUCGUAACCAAGCACUCCUUCAAGGAGCGCUACAAGACUGCUCAAACUUACCUGAACAAGCUCAAGUUCCUCGUGGAAGACCCGCAGCACGCGCUGCCGGACAUCUUCCUGUGGCUCAUCAGCAACAACAAGCGCACCGCCUACCAGCGCAUCCCCGCCAGGGACCUCAUCUACUCCAUGGUGGCCGAGGAGUGCGGUCGGGACUGCGGCAAGGUGCAGACCAUGUUCCUCAAGCUGCCGGGCAAGCGCGGCCUGGGUCCCUCCGGCUGGGCCAUCCAGACCAAGCUGCAGGUCUACAUGUGGCUGGGCACGCUCAAGCACAAGAAGAACUUUGUGGACGGGCUGACGAAAGGAUACGAGCUCUCCAACGAGAUACGGAACGCGGACCGGCCGCGCGCCAUGCCGCCCAGCGUCAUCCACUACACCGACAAGCGGGUGUUCCAGAUGCGGGCCUACAUGUACCAGGCGCGCUCCCUCAUCGGCUCGGACGCGUCGGGGCUGUCGGACCCGUUCGCGCGCGUCGUCAUCGGCGAGUACUGCCGCACCACCCAGGUCAUCGACGAGACGCUCAGCCCCACCUGGGACGAGCUGCUCGUGUUCGACGACGUGCUCGUCUACGGCACCCGAGAGGAGGUCAAGAAGGACCCGCCCACCGUCAUCAUCGAGAUCUUCGACCAGGACAAAGUGGGCAAGUCCGAGUUCAUCGGGCGCGCCAUGGCCAAGCCACACGUCAAGAUGCUGGACGAGCCGUACGCCAAGCCCGAGUUCCCGCCGUCGCUCGAGUGGUACGAGAUCUCCCGCGGCCCGGACCACGCCGGCGAGCUGCUCGCCACCUUCGAGCUGCUCGAGGUGCCCUCCCCGACCCGGGGCGGCGCGCCGCCGGGCCAGGACGUGCCCGAGCUGCCCACGCCGAAGGACAUGGUGGUGGCCAGCAGCCAGCAGGACAAGGGACCAAUCCUACCCGUGCCGAGAGGCAUCCGACCAACGCUCGCAAAGUACCGAAUUGAGGUGCUCUUCUGGGGCCUGCGCGACCUCAAGAGGGUGCACCUGAUGAAGGUAGACCACCCCCGCGUGGACAUCGAGUGCGCGGGUCACAUCCUGUACUCGUCCGUCAUCCAAAACGCGAAAAAGAACCCCAAUUUCAGCACACCGGUUAAAUUCCUCGACUUGGAGCUACCCGAGCAGGAGCUGUACCGGCCGCCGCUGACCAUCCGCGCCGUGGACUGCCGCAGCUUCGGCCGCUACACGCUGGUCGGCACGCACAUGAUCAACACCAUCCACAAGUACAUGUACACGCCGCUCACCAAGCGCGAGCGGGAGGCCGAGGAGCGCAAGCGGUCCAUGCAGCAGCUGCAAAACCUGGAGGCGAGCGCGGCGGGCACGGGACUCCACCCCACCGUCGUCAUAUCCCACGACGACCACGAGAUGAGCCCGCUCAUCUCCAAGGAGACGGCAAUCUCGCUCGACUACGGCACGGGGCUCCACGGCAGGAGGGACAUGAAGACCAACGCGCACCGGAAGCACCGCAAGCAGAGCGUGGACGACGCGGACGGCGACGAGGGCUCGCGCGACUGGUGGACCAAGUACUUCGCCUCGGUGGAGGCCAUGAUCGAGGAGAGCAAGGAGGCGCGCAAGGAGACGCAGCUGGCGACGCAGCAGAACGGCCUGGUGCACGGCCUGGAGGAGGGCGGCGCGGACGGUGGCGCCGGCGGCGCGGGCGCGGGCGCCCAGGGCCCCGGCGGCGGCGCUCAGGGCGCUGGGGGCGGCGGCCGGCGCCACUCGACCACGGCCUCGGAGCGAUCCGACCACUCCAACAAGAAGAAGGGCCACCACCACACGCUCAAGGGCACCGCGACGGCGGCCAAGUUCGUCGCCAGGCUGAGCCCCAAGAGCGCGCGCCGGCAGCGCGAGACGCGCACCGCGCUCACCAAGGUGUACCCCAACGAGCUGGAGGCGCAGGGCGACUACAACGGCUUCAAGGAGUGGCUGCUCACCUUCGACCUGCUGCGCGGCAAGAAGACGGGCGACGAGGCCGAGGACGAGAGCAGGGUGGUGGGCGUGUUCAAGGGCGCCAUCAAGGUGUACCGCUGGCCGCUGCCCAAGGACGUGGAGGACCACACCAUCAUGGGCUUCGACCCACAGUAUGGCUUUUUCCAGGGCCUGCCGUCCAACGAGCCCAUUCACGUGCUGGUGCGCGUCUACAUCGUCAAGGCCAACGACCUCCACCCCAUGGACCUGAACGGCAAGGCGGACCCGUACAUCGUGCUGCAGCUGGGCUCCAAGCGCAUCAGCGACAAGGAGAACUACAUCUCCAAGCAGCUAAACCCGGUGUUCGGAAAGUGCUUCGAGUUCGAGGCCACGUUCCCCCAGGACUCGAUGCUAACGGUGCAGAUCCUGGACUGGGAUCUGGUCGGAUCGGACGACAUGAUCGGCGAGACGAGGAUCGACCUGGAGAACAGAUUCUACAGCAGACACCGCGCCACAUGCGGCAUUGCCGCCAAAUACGAGGACGGGGGCUACAACCAGUGGCGCGACCCCAUGAAGCCGACUCAGAUCCUCGCCAAGCUGUGCAAGGACGGCAAGUUGGAGCCGCCCGUUUACUCCAACGGCAAAGUGAAAGUGGGCCGGCGAACUUUCUUCCUGCAGAACGACGACUUUGAGGCGUGUUUCAGCCCCAAGGUCCUCGAGGAGCACAUGGCCCUCGCCGUCUUGCACCGCUGGCACGAGUUCCCGCGGAUCGGCUGCCAGCUCGUCCCGGAGCACAUCGAGACCAGGCCGCUGUACAACGUGGAGAAGCCGGGCAUCGAACAGGGUAAGCUGGAGAUGUGGGUCGACAUGUUCCCCAUGGACAUGCCGCUGCCGGGGCCGCCGCUCGACAUCUCCCCGCGCAAGCCCAAGUCGUACGAGCUGCGCGUCGUCAUCUGGAACACGGACGACGUGGUCCUGGAGGACGACGCCUUCUUCACGGGCGAGAAGAUGUCGGACAUCUACGUCAAGGGGUGGCUCAAGGGCCCCGAGGACUGCCAGUGCACCGACAUCCACUACCGCUCCCUGACCGGCGAGGGCAACUUCAACUGGCGCUUCGUCUUCCCCUUCGACUACCUGGUGGCCGAGGAGAAGAUCGUCAUCUCGCGCAAGGAGUCCAUGUUCUCGUGGGACGAGACCGAGUGCAAGAUCCCCGCGCGCCUCGAGCUGCAGGUCUGGGACGCGGACCACUUCUCGGCCGACGACUUCCUGGGCGCCAUCACGCUCGACCUGAACCGCUUCCCGCGCGGCGCCAAGAGCUCCAAGCUGUGCACGCUCUCCAUGCUGCGCACGGACGUGAGCGUGCCCAUGGUCAACAUCUUCAAGCAGAAGCGCGUCAAGGGCUGGUGGCCGUUCUACGUCAAGAAGGAGAACGAGGAGAUGGAGCUCACGGGGAAAGUCGAGGCCGAGAUCCACCUGCUCACCAAAGAGGAAGCCGAGAAGAACCCCGCCGGACUGGGUAGGAACGAGCCCGACCCGCUGGAGAAACCAAACCGACCCGACGCGUCCUUCAUGUGGUUCCUCAACCCGCUCAAGUCGAUCCGCUACAUCGUGUGGCACAACUACAAGUGGGCCAUCCUCAAGGUGUUCAUCGUGCUCGCCGUGGCCGUCAUGCUGCUGCUCUUCUUCUACUCCGUGCCGGGCUACACCGUCAAAAAGAUCAUGGGAGCCUGAGGCAGACAACAGACAGUUUUAUUACAAAUCAAUGACUCGGUGCUGCAGUCAGUCGCUGUAGUGCAACAAAUAAUAAUUGCGAGAAGCGCCCCAUGUGCCGGCGGUACCCCGUGCUGCUGACGACCAGCGAGGGGCAUCGCCGACGACAUGGUUGUUCAAGAUUUAAAGGCCGUGUGUGUGGCGUGCAUUUUUCGGCAAACAGGCCAACGACAAUCAAGACUUUUCCGUUGCGUAAGCCCCAUGCAGCACGCAACGGCGAAAGCCCAAAGCUUCAUGAACAAUAACAAUGACUUGCUGGAACUUACAUAUCUGCUCGAAUAUAUUUUACUCAAAGACAAGUUAGUAAACACUUCAGAGACAAAAGAAUAUAUAUUAUACAGAAUACAAAAUUCUGAAGCAAUAACAAAACAAUAAUUUUGUCGAUAAACCGUAAAAGCAUAUGUAGGCUACUGCUCAUUAUGUUAAUUUUUAAACCGCGUAGAGGGUGCGGCGGAAUACCGCGCCCAUCAUAUUCGCUAAUCGCAACUACUAUCUAGAGUGUCCACCGCAGUGAACAAUGCUCGACUUAAGGUUGUGAAGAACUUGUAGUUCGAAGCUAUCACGCACCUUGCUUCAACGGAAGUGGCGGCGGUAAAAGUCCGCUGUAGGAAUUUAUAAAGUGACAGAAAUAGUUCAGCGCCCGCAGGCGUAGGCUCAGUUUCGUGAUGCGUUUCAUCUGUGAUGCAUCACAAAACGCCGUACAAUAAAUUUUAGGGAAUAUGUGGUUAACUGAAAACCCAUCCACGUUGUUGAGACGAACAAAACAGCUGGCUGUUUUGCCUGUAAAGUUUUUCAUAUCGGGCUAAAUGUUAAUGCGUAUUGUAUUUUUGUACAGUUUUAUUUGGAAAUCUCCCUCGCAAGGGCGUGCGAUUUCGAACAGCUUUGCAAUGCAUUGUUAACAAUUGUUUAGUCGCACUAGUCCAUACCUUUUAACCAGGCAGGCGCAUAUUGGCGGUAUAUUUUUUAUGAAUAAGGGCCUCAUUUCUUCUGGCGUAAGAGCCCUAGAGGCCCAAGUUCACAAAGUCCGUCUCGGAACCUGCGUACCUUGGCUGUGAGCAUAUUUUAAAAAAUUGAGCGAAUGAGAGAGCGGAAUGUAUUACAAAAAUUUGUUUUGUUAUAAUUCCUGUUUUUACUAUUAAGUUACCUUUUAGUUAUAUUUUGACACGGUCGUCAGUCUAUGAGGCUGAGAUUCCCCGUACAGCGCUUAUCUGCUUUUGACUUAUAUCGAGCGCGAUGUGACCGCAGUGCAGGUGUCCAUCAAGAAGCAGUGUCGGAAGGGAUAAUCUAAUCUCGGAUUCACGUUGCUCGAAUUGUCCGGAUUCUGAUCCGCAUAGCAACAAAAGCAGCACCGGUGAAUAUUUCUUGCCGGAAGUACGUCCGCCAUCCGCCGUUACGAGCCUGCAAAGUUCAGCCCCUGCGAGCUCUCAUAGCGCCUGGUAGGUAGAUAACAUAUUGCCUGCAGUUCAUGUGUGUACUGCGGGGUGGCCUAUCUUGAGUCUCGCAGGCGCCAAGCUUUCGCAAUUUGUCGAAUAAAUCUGUGCAACGGACGUACUUUCCGGACGAUCCUCUAUAGGAAAAAGUCAGAAAGCAGAUUCGAACAUAGAUCUGACCCCUCGACAUUGUUGAAUACAGAUCAUUUCUCUAAUGUUUCUUUUCGAAUGACAUUACCUAGAAUAAGCUCGUUUGAGUGUUCUUUUCUCACUAUCUCACAAAUCUUCUCUGUUUGAUUUUUAAGUAAAUCAUAGAAGUAAUUUCUGUCUUUAUUCCGGUUUGUUUUCCAUCAAGUAAAGGAACGAAUAUUCUAAUGGGCAUGCUCCCGAAUGGCUAUAAGUGCUUGAGAAUCCAUGUGUGUAUCGACAUUAACUCCAUUUGGGUUCAAUAAUAAACGGACAACCAUCACAGCUUUUAA